GCAACUUUCAACGCGCAUUUUUCCUUGAAGUUACUCUCCCUCCUUUUGAAGACAUGGCCACCGGGCCUGUGGUUCCAGAGACACGCGUUCUCGCCAUUGCUAGUCAUGUUGUUUUCGGCUAUGUCGGAAACAAAAUGGUAUCGUUCGUCCUCAUGUCCUUGGGCUGCAACGUAUCUGCGAUAAAUACGGUCAACUACAGUAACCACACGGGCUACAAACAGGUUAAGGGCACCAAGACCACGGCCGAACAAAUACGAGACCUCUACGAUGGACUGAAACAGUCAGAUCUCAACAACUUCGAUGUCUUACUCUCCGGAUACCUACCCAGCGCCGAAGCUGUGCAGACAGUGGGGAGGAUUGGAAGAGAACUGAAGUUCAAUGCUGGAACAAAGCCGGGCUCGUUCUUUUGGGUUCUGGACCCGGUGAUGGGUGAUGAAGGGAGGCUUUACAUCCCGGAAGACGAGGUGCCGCAGUAUAAGAACUUGCUGCGAGAAGCUGAUCUUAUACUGCCGAAUCAAUUUGAAGCAGAACUCCUCUCCGACACCAAAAUCACCGACCUCACCUCUCUCGGAACCGCAAUCCAAAUCCUCCACCGCACAUACCAAGUCCCCCACAUAAUCAUCACUUCCCUCGUCCUCUCCGCGACAAACAAAACUCUCCCCUCCCGACCACCUUCGCGCAUGCAAUCCUCAGCGCCUACGCCUCGCACGGCUACACCAGAGCGUAACGCCGCGACGUCCCAUCCCAGCACCUGGCCAACCUCAGAAUCCAAAAUUUCACCCCAACAAGAACAGGAAGAGGAAGAAUACCCCAACACUCUAACGAUAAUUGGCUCUACCGCAACCUCCACCCACACCGCCCGCCUCUUCCGCAUCGACGUCCCCGCCCACUCCCUCUACUUCUCCGGCACCGGCGACAUGUUCGCCGCACUCACCGUAGCCCGCCUUCGCGAAGCCAUCGUCGCAGCAAACCUCCAGAACACCGCGUCCUGGAAAUCCCCCGACGACGUCGCAGCCGCGGACUUACCGCUCGCUCAAGCAACGAGCAAGGUCCUAGCUUCUAUGCAGGCGGUUCUCGCGAAGACGGCGGCUGCAUGCGCGGUCGAGAUGGAGGCGUACGAUGAGAGGGUAGGGUUGGAGGGCGCGGGGAGUGGGGAGGAGGCGGAGGAGGACAGGCAUAAGAAGAGAGGGUUGAGGCUGAGUCGGGCGGCAGAGGUGAGGGUGGUGAGGAAUGUGGGGGAUUUAGUGUCUCCGCCCAACGUUGAGAAGUUCAAGGCGAGGGCGGUCGAGGUGGAUGUUGAAAAGGACGGGGUAGGGGAUAAGGGACCAGGGAGUCAGGUGGAUCAGUUGGGGGUGAGACAGUUAGCGUUGGGUGGGGGAGAAGGGGCGGUGCAGUUGCCUGUGCCUCAGGACAAGAGUACAGAGGCGUAAGGGAGGUGAAUUGGGGGAACAAUCUUGAGCUUUGGCUGCUGGGAUAUUGUCAGAGAGGGAUUCUCUGGUUUUUGGCAUUUGGUAGGAUUGUUUACUCUGAUUACAUCGUUCUCGGAACAUGUUUUAGGCGCAUUGGAGGU